AUGCAUAUUAAGGGAUAUGAUUUGGCUCUGAAUCACGAAAAUUUAUAUACCCACACCAUCAUGCUCAAUGAAACCUUCUUGUUCUGCAUUGAGCUUAAUUCGAGUACUUCUUCAUUCAAAUACUCUAUUGAUGUAUUGCUCAAAUCUUCGGGAUUUUCACUCUAUAUUGAUGUGAACAAUGAAGAUAUAUCAUCAGUGAAAGGGAAAUACAAGCACUCACUCUUGGAAAAGCACACUUCUACGAGAAUAACAUCCCCCUCAGCUUUGUCUUCACAGGAAAUUUCUAAUAUUUACAUCUUGGCCAUUCCUCACUCCAAUGCAACAAUGCUGAUGGAAACAAGAGAUUUGAAAGUUUCAUUGAGGAUUCUAAUUUCCGAAUAUUCACUCACAGGAGGAGCCAUAUCCUUCCUCUCCUUGCUAUUAAUGGUUGUGAUUGGAAUUGUUCUUCUGCUGGUAGUUGCAGCUGCAUUCAGUUGUUGCAAGCCAAGGUCGCUUAAUACGGAGAAGAGCUUUGAAAUGGAUGCUGAUCAUGAUCACCAUCAUCAUGAUGUAUCUUCCUCGCUCUAUUAUACCAAUGCUGCUGUUUUGGAUAAGAAUGUCUAG